AUGGCUGAUGGAAAUCACGAAUCACCUCCCGGCCAUUUAGACUUAGCGGUUAUUAAUAGAGGUCAGAAAAUUAUUGAUGAAUUAAAAAACUCAGACUUUCCUUCGAAAUACGCACUCUAUGCUGCUGUUCUUACUGGCUUUCGUUCAGUUCGUCUGGCAGCUGAAUGGAUAUCAUCCCGCCUAAAUGAUCCACUUUUCGUCAAAGAUUUUGAAGUCGACUUUCAUGUACUUCUGAGUCUGGGAGGAAACUUUGAAUCGGACGUCUCGUCGUUUUUGUCAGCUGCGCGAGUCGCUUUGGGAUGGGACUAUGUUUGUGAUCAUCGGGCACAAAUCCCUUUGCUUCAUCUGAGAGUCAAACCCCAUGAUGCACUUUAUUUGAAAUCCGUUUUCGUGAAAUCGUUCGGUCUGUCGAUCCCUCUUCUAGUGACUGAUGAAAAGCCCCUGGAGUUCUUAGUAAACACGGACACCUCUGUUGUUUGCAAAUUUUCCGACUCCAGGAUAUAUACUCUACUUCAAAAGCUUUCAGAAACCUUUCUUGAAAACUUGAAAAAAGCUGACGUAAACGUCUGCGUGGUUUCUAAUCCAGGCAAAUCAAAUUAUCCUUUCACAUUAGUCAGUGGUAUUAAUAAUGCUGAGAAAAAUUCGGUUUUGAUUCAACUAAUUGAAAUGCAUUUAUCUAAUCAUUACAUUAUUAACGAAUUCGACCAAUCGGUUAAUAAUCAGUUAAAGUUCUGUUUAUACUCACAUGAUCCUCGUCUGCGGGAUCCAAGUUAUGAGGUAUUUGAAAUGUUAACAGAUGUAGAAUUCUAUCCAUUUUCCCCACUAAUCAGUUCACAUAUCACUAAUGAUUGUAAUAAAAGCGGUGAUCGGAAAUCUUCAACUUUUAUUGCUUGUGAUACUAAAUUGACAGAUAGUUCUAAUGACAAUCAGUCACAGUGUGAUGUGUCUUUGAAUCAAGUCCCUGCUUGUGUAAUCAAUUCUCCUGGAUGUCGAGAACGUUUUCUAGAACAUUACGUUGGUGACUAUAUAUUACUGUUUGAUUCAGUUUCUCUUACUGAACGACAAGGAUGUCCAGUAGGAAUUAAUUUGUGCACUGGUGAGUCUGGUUUGUUUAACAUAUCUGCUGGUAGACGUAUACCACAAAGUCAAACUUGGACAUUACAUUGUUCCGUCCCACUAAACUUUACUUCUUCAGCUAAAUCAUGCUUCAAACAACAUUGCCCAACUAAUACAAAUAAUGUAAAUUGUAGUGAAGAAUUUAAAAAGUUAACAAGUCAAAAUUCAAGUGUUAUUGCAAAAAAUACAAAUUCAACUUGCCUUGUCCUAUCACCAUGUCUUUCAAAUUCAUCGGAAUAUUCCUCUUCCUUUUUUUCAUCAUCAUCAUCAUCUUCUUCUUCUAGUGAUCCUGUAAAGAGUAAAUCAAGUGUACAAACAUCCAUAACAACCAAUAAUAAUAAUAAUAAUACAGACAAACACAUAUCUGAUAAUCGAUGUGAUUCAUACUUCACUAGUGGUCCAAAUUCAACUUGUCAAAAUGAAUUUCAAUUAUCAUUAAAUAAUGAUGAAUUAAAUGAAGCUAAUUCUAAAUAUACUAAUAAUUAUCAAUCAACAGUUAAACGUCAUACUCAUAAUAAAUCAAGACAAAUCUAUGUUAUGCGACAUGCUGAACGUGUAGAUAUUAGUUUUGGUCAUGGAUGGAUUACUCAAUGUUUCAAUCAUAAAGGAGUUUAUCGUAGAUUUAAUUUAAACCUCCCACCUUGGCUACCUACUCGGACGGAUUGUCUUGAAUAUAUUUUAGAUUCACCGAUUACCCAAAUUGGUUUAUUUGUAUCAGCUGAAACAGGUCGCGCUUUGGCAGAUGCUGGAGUUUAUUUCACAGCGUGUUAUUGUUCUCCAGCGUUUCGAUGUGUUCAAACUGCUUGUGAAUUAUUAAGAGCUAUGGGUCGUUCGGAUUUAUCAAUUCGUAUAGAACCACAUUUAUUCGAAUGGUAUGGUUGGUAUGUUGGUGGUUGUAUACCAAAAAUGAUGACUGUACAUCAAUUGAAACAAGCUGGUUAUAAUGUAGAUACAAAUUAUACAUCACUUAGCUCAUACAAUGAUAAUGAUAAAUAUGAAUCUAUUCAAGGUUAUUGUGAUCGUACUGCUGUGUUAAUUAAGCGUAUUUUAAAUGUUCAUAAGUCGAAAGAUACUUGUUUAUUAAUUGUAGCCCAUGCAUCAUCAUUAGAUACUUGUACACGUCAUUUAGUAUGUCAUAAAUUUAGAAAUAAUUUAUCAUCAAAUGAAUUUCAUCAUCGUACAUCAAUUGUACCAUAUUGUGGUUUAUUAUUAGCACAAGAAAAUCGUCGAUGGAAUUUAAUUAAUCCACCAAUACCAAAUUCAUGUUCAUAUACAAGAAAUAUUGAUUUUGAUUGGAAACAAUUACUUGGACCAUCAUUAUGCAAUUUUAAAUUAAGAUAA